UUAGAUCAGGACUUUCAGUUUCAUUCUGGAGAAGUGUCAUCGCUCAGUUUUAGCACUUGGACGAGCGACAGAGGAGCAGCAGAGAAGCGAAUCUAAAGCAUCACACCGCUCAGACUCAAGCGUCUGACACAGGGAUACACCAGACGGGAACGUCGGUGAAGUGUGAAUUAUUAAUCAUCUUCCAGUUUUUGACCUGAGGAAAUGGGAGCCUUGGUUUGGAAAGCAAUAAGAAAAGAAGAGACCAAGCAACCGUUACCUCUCUUGGAUAAACCAUGGAGAGAGCUGAAGUUCACUGAAGAAGUAAGGACUGAACUCAUAGAGGACAUCAAGAAAUACACAACAAAGACUGAUGAUGUGGAACAGCCCAGAAUCCUGCUUAUUGGGCAGAUUAAAGCUGGAAAAAGCAGCUUCUUCAACUCUGUUAAUUCCGUCUUCAAAGGAUAUCCAAUAUUCCAGGCCACAGCAUGUGAAAAAGAAACAAGUAUGAGUAAAUAUUGCAGAACAUAUGCAGUUUAUGACUCAAAAAGUGGGAAGACACUGCCAUUCACCUUUUGUGACAUCAUGGGCCUGGAGCCAUACAGUGUGGGGGGAAUUCAUGUUAAAGAUAUCAUCAAUGUGAUUAGAGGAUACAUCCCAGAUAAUUAUAAGUUCAAUCCCAUGGAAGCAAAGGAGGUUUGCAAGACUUGCACAGAGCAGCCCAGUCUGGCAGAUAAGGUGCACUGCAUUGUCUACGUCAUUGAUGCCAGUGUGGUAAACCUUUUGGAAAAAGAACUGCAAAAUAAGUUUGAUGAAAUCCAUGAAGAAGCCCACAGGCUCGGGAUUCCCCAGCUUGUGCUGCUCGCUAAAGUAGACCUGACCUGCAACAUCGUUAAAGACGACCUGACCAAAGUAUAUCAGAGCCGCUACAUUCAUGAGAAAGUAAUAAAAGUCAGUCAAAUGGUGGGUGUCCCAGUGUCCUGUAUUUUGCCAGUGAAAAACUACUGGUGGGAGACAGAGCUGGACAUGAAGGUGGACAUCCUGACCCUGAAAGCCCUGCAACAAAUCCUGAGACAAUCUGAAGCCUUCUUUGAUGAGAUAAAGCAGAGAGGAAAGAGCAGAGAAGCACCUCCUCUAACUUGUGAAGGAAUUUCAUGUAGACUAUCAAAUUCAUAGUGUUAAGACGCAAACAUAACAGGGAAAAUAUUAAUUGAAAUUUAUAUGAAAUGCUUAAUGCCAUAAAACAUCAAAAGUUAAAAACAUAUGCAAGGAGUGUUAAGGUAUGCUUUGAUUUUAGGUUCAUGUCACCCACUCUCUUAAAAUGUAUCCAACAGUGCAAAUGCCUUGCUCUUGUCUUAUACACAAAUACAGAAGGUAUACAAAGCACAACAAAAAUGUUGAGUGCUAAUCUGAGCCUCACCUUUAGUGUUUGCCAUUCCUCAUACAUCUCUCUGUGAUUUUUCUCUGGGCACAACAUAUGCAUGUGCAAGUCAAGAUUUAAAGUUGUGUAAAGUUCUCCUGUUCACCUUACCACUUGUUCAUUUAUCCCAUGUGUUUGUGUUUCUUUAUGUGAGGGAAAUCAUCCUCAUGAUUUCAUUUGAAAAGGUUCACCUCCUGCAAUCCACCCUCUUAGCUUAUACCUCUUAGUCCUCAAUUUGCCUUGCUGCUCUUCUCUGGACUUUCUCUAGUGCAGCUUUAUCCAUUUGGUAACCCACAGUACAAAAAAGAACACAACACUCCAGAUGAGAUCUCACCAAUGUAUACAAAGCUUAAGAAUAUUCUCUCUGAUUUGUACUGUACACAUCAGAUGCUGUAUAACCUAACAUCAUAUCAGCCAUCCUAAUCAUUUCUGUCUGUAUGUAGACACUGAUGAGUCCACUGUGAUUCAGAGAUCUUUCUCAUAGGUUCUGCUGACAAAUUUCAAACAUCUCAAUAUGUAUUCAAAUCUAAUUUUUUUUAUUCCUAUAUUUAAUACUUCACAUAUUUUCCUUAAUAACUGCUUCCAUCAAUUUAUCCAUGAUGCUGGUUAAACUUACUUGCCUUUAGCAACUUGGCACGUACUGAUCAUCUUUUUGAAAUGAUGAAGUAAUUGUAAGAAAUUAACUGAUGAUAAUUAAGGCGUAUAAAAGAGGAGUUAACAUCCAAAAUCAAGCAAAUACUUGCUGAGCAAGAACAUGGUGAAGUUUCAGACUAGAGAUGGGACAAAGUAUGCAAAAGCAGAGGAGCAAAGCUCUUGUGUUAUGGCCUAGAGUUUAUUAAGUAAAUCCCUGUCUGCUCUGUUAUAUCAGGAAAUGUAGAAUUAAUAGCAGUAGAAUGGUAUGAUUUUCAAAGUAAUUCAAUGUUAACCUCGUGAAUUAUUCAUAAUUGUAACUUAUAUAUAUAUAUAAGGCCUGUUUCUAUACUACUUUGAUUCUACCUGUAUUAUAGAGGCUACAAGAAAAGAAGUUAUUGAAUAUUCAAUUAAUCAUUUACUGUAAUUUGCUGUGGGUUUAAAUAAAGAAAUCACAAUUCUUUUAAUAUUAA